CGCUCUGAAGUAGAGAGAGUAGCUUCAUGCCUCGCACAUGUCACAAGUAGUCCAAGCCGAUUUACAGCGCCUGAACAAAACAAAGCAUUUGCCCUAACAUUAUGCAAACCGCCUAAAGUUGUGCACUUCACUUGAAUUGAAACAUGUCGUCGAUCCGUUUGUCUUUGGCCGGACGAAGCUGCGCUGACAGCGGACUGAGCGGAUAAACGGGACUGAAUGUGACGGCUCGUCGCGUCGGUGAAUGAAGAAGCACCAGCCGUUCGCUUCAAAGCAAAACACGUCCGAACAUGGCUGACAGAACAGCUCCCAACUGUCGCCUACGACUCGAGUGGGUCUACGGCUACCGGGGACACCAGUGCCGCAACAACCUGUACUACACCGCGGCCAAGGAGAUCGUGUACUUUGUCGCCGGCGUCGGAGUUGUGUACAACACACGGGAACACAAGCAGAAAUUUUAUUUGGGACACAACGAUGACAUAAUCAGUUUAGCCCUGCAUCCAGAGAGAGUGUUGGUGGCCACAGGACAGGUUGGAAAGGAGCCGUAUAUUUGUGUGUGGGACUCGUAUACUGUGCAGACAGUGUCCAUAUUGAAGGACAUGCACACACACGGUAUCGCCUGUCUCGCCUUCGACCUUGAUGGACAGUGUUUGGUGUCUGUGGGCUUGGACUCUAAAAACACAAUCUGUGUGUGGGACUGGAGACAGGGGAAAGUUCUGGCAGCUGCUCCUGGUCAUACAGACCGGAUAUUCGACAUAUCAUGGGACCUGUAUCAGCAAAGUAAGCUAGUGAGCUGUGGAGUCAAACAUAUCAAGUUUUGGAGUCUUUGUGGGAACGCUCUGACCCCUAAGCGUGGCAUGUUUGGGAAGACUGGAGACCUUCAGACUAUCCUCUGUCUGGCCUGUGCGAGAGACGAGAUCACAUAUUCAGGUGCCUUGAACGGAGACAUCUAUGUCUGGAAGGGAGUCAGUUUAAUGCGGACAGUUCAAGGGGCUCACGGGUCUGGUAUUUUCAGCAUGAAUGCAUGUGAAGAAGGCUUUGCCACAGGAGGCAGGGAUGGGUGCAUCCGAUUAUGGGACCUGAACUUCAAACCCAUCACCGUUAUUGACCUCAGGGAAACAGACCAGGGAUAUAAGGGCCUGUCAGUGCGUAGCGUGUGUUGGAGAGGGGAUCACAUUCUGGUGGGCACGCAGGACAGUGAGAUUUUUGAGGUGGUGGUGCACGAUCGCACCAAGCCCUUCCUCAUCAUGCAGGGUCACUGUGAGGGCGAGCUGUGGGCCUUGGCGGUUCAUCCUACCAAACCUCUCGCCAUGACCGGUAGCGACGACCGCUCUGUUCGGAUCUGGAGUCUUGUAGAUCAUGCGCUAAUAGCACGUUGCAACAUGGAGGAGCCUAUACGCUGUGCUGCUGUUAGUACGGACGGAAUCCACCUCGCUCUGGGCAUGAAAGACGGAUCCUUCACAGUGCUGAGAGUCAGGGACAUGACGGAGGUGGUCCACAUUAAGGACCGUAAAGAGGCCAUCCAUGAACUGAAGUACUCCCCUGAUGGAGCGCACCUAGCCGUGGGCUCUAAUGAUAACUCGGUGGACAUCUACGGCGUUGUGCAGCGAUACAAGAAGGCGGGCGAAUGCGUGGGCUCCAGUAGCUUCAUCACACACAUGGAUUGGUCCACUGACAGCAAGUAUCUACAGACCAAUGACGGCAAUGGUCGGCGGCUCUUCUACAGGAUGCCCAGUGGUAAGGAAGUGACCAACAGGGAAGAACUGAAGCUUGUCCAGUGGUCUUCAUGGACUUGUGUCCUCGGGCCGGAGGUGAACGGGAUCUGGCCUAAAUACUCUGAUAUCAAUGACAUCAACUCUGUAGAUGCCAACUUCAAUAGUCAAGUUUUAGUGACAGCAGACGAUUAUGGAUUAGUUAAAUUAUUUCGGUACCCAUGUGUAAGAAAAGGUGCUAAGUUUAAAAAAUAUUUAGGGCAUUCAGCACACAUAACCAAUGUCAGAUGGUCACAUGAUUAUCAGUGGGUGAUUACUAUUGGUGGAGCCGAUCAUUCAGUGUUCCAGUGGAAGUUUGUUCCCGAAAGGAAGUCAAAAGAAACUCUUCAUAUAGCUCCUCAAGUCUACUAUGUCGCUGUUCAUUUUCCUAAUGGAUUUCUCACUGCUCACGUUGGCAGUUCUGUUUACAAAGAAGAUCUACCUCAGCUUAAAGAGCAGUGUAAGGAGAAGCAUCGUGCCAUGGCUAUGAAGAAAAGGGAAAGAGCUCCAGCCAGUGGAUUGAGGUUGCACUUUAUACAUGGUUACAGAGGUUAUGACUGCAGAAGUAACCUCUUCUACACUCAGACCGGUGAGAUUGUGUAUCAUGUGGCGGCUGUGGGAGUGGUGUACAACAGACAGCAGAACACACAGCGCUUUUACCUGGGCCAUAAUGAUGACAUUCUCUGUCUGGCCAUCCACCCCGUCAAAGACUAUGUAGCCACAGGCCAGGUGGGCCGUGAUUCUUCUAUUCAUAUAUGGGAAACAGAGUUUUUGAAGCCAUUGUCUGUUCUUAAAGGAUUCCACCAGUUUGGGGUGUGCGCACUUGACUUCUCAGCGGAUGGGAAGAGGCUGGCUUCAGUGGGUCUGGAUGACAAUCAUACCAUCGUCCUUUGGGAAUGGAGAAAAGGAGAGAAGCUCUCCACCAUCCGGGGAAGUAAAGACAAAAUAUUUGUCAUUAAAAUCAACCCGUAUAUGCCAGACAAACUGAUAACCGCUGGAGUGAAACACAUGAAGUUUUGGCACAGAGCAGGCGGUGGACUGAUUGGGAAGAAGGGCAGCAUGGGAAAAACCGAAACAAUGAUGAGCGCGGUAUACGGCUGGACGGAAGAAAUGGUGUUCUCAGGAACCUGCACUGGAGACAUCUGCAUCUGGAGAGACAUGUUCCUGGUGAAAACCGUCAAAGCUCAUGAUGGACCUGUUUUUAGCAUGCACGCCCUGGAGAAGGGUUUUGUGACUGGUGGAAAGGAUGGAAUAGUGGCUUUGUGGGACGACACGUUUGAGAGAUGCCUCAAGACGUAUGCCAUAAAACGAGCGGUGCUGGCCCCAGGCUCCAAAGGUUUGCUUUUAGAGGACAACCCCUCCAUUCGUGCCAUAUCUUUGGGUCAUGGGCAUAUUCUUGUAGGAACAAAAAACGGAGAGAUUCUGGAGGUGGACAAAAAUGGGCCCAUCACUCUUCUGGUUCAGGGCCACAUGGAGGGUGAGGUCUGGGGUCUUGCCACUCACCCGCAUCUGCCACUGUGUGCCACUGUGAGCGACGAUAAGACCCUGCGCAUAUGGGAUCUCUCCCCCAGCCACUGCAUGCUCGCCGUACGCAAACUCAAGAAAGGUGGGCGAUGUUGCUGCUUCUCUCCAGAUGGGAAAGCUCUGGCCGUGGGCCUCAAUGAUGGUAGCUUCCUUAUCGUCAACGCAGACACUCUAGAAGACCUGGUGUCAUUUCAUCACCGCAAAGACAUCAUAUCAGAAAUCCGCUUCUCUCCUGUAACAGGCAAGUAUUUGGCUGUGGCUUCAGGUGACAGCUUUGUGGAUAUUUACAACGUGAUGAGCAGCAAGAGGGUUGGAGUGUGCAAAGGCUCCAUGAACUACAUCACCCAUCUGGACUGGGACAAGAGAGGGAAGCUUUUGCAGGUCAACACAUCGGCAAAGGAGCAGCUAUUUUUUGAGGCCCCUCGUGGGAAGAAGCAAACCAUUCCUGCUACAGAGGUGGACAAGAUCGACUGGAGCACAUGGACAUGUGUCCUUGGAAGUUCCUGUGAGGGAAUUUGGCCUGUGGUCAGUGAAGUUACCGAAGUUACUUCCGCAUGUCUUAGCAAUGACAGGAAGUUGCUUGCAACUGGGGACGACCUUGGAUAUGUCAAGCUCUUUAAACAUCCAGUCAAGGGAAAAUAUGCAAAGUUUAAGUGGUACAUGGCCCACAGUACCCAUGUGACUAAUGUGCGCUGGUCACAUGACGACUCUUUGCUGGCGUCAAUCGGUGGCUCCGACACCUGUCUGAUGAUCUGGAGCCAUGAGACCGAGGGCCGCCGAGAGGCCAGACAGUGUGACAGCAUGGGCUCAAGACCCCCAGUGAGCAGGGCACCACCAAUGCCAGAGAAACUACAGACCAACAAUGUCGGCAAGAAAAAGAGGCCCAUUGAGGACCUGGUGCUUGAACUGGUGUUUGGUUACCGAGGCAACGACUGCCGUAACAAUGUGCAUUACCUUAAUGAGGGGGCGGACAUUAUUUACCACACUGCCUCAGUAGGGGUCGUCCUAAACUUAACAACAGCCUGUCAGAGUUUCUAUUUGGAACACAGUGAUGACAUUCUGUGCCUGACUAUUAAUCAGCACCCAAAGUUCCCCAACGUGGUGGCAACUGGCCAAGUAGGUGAUGCUGGUGACAUGUCAGCCACAUCUCCCUCUAUCCAUGUGUGGGAAGCCAUGAACAAACAGACCCUCUCUGUGCUGCGCUGCCAUCAUUCUAGGGGCGUAUGCUCUGUAAGCUUCAGUGCCACCGGCAAACUGCUGCUUUCUGUGGGUCUGGACCCCCAGCACACCCUCACCAUCUGGAAGUGGCAAGAAGGUGCCAAAGUAGCAAGUCGGGCCGGUCACACCCAGAGGAUCUUUGUGGCAGAGUUCCGGCCUGAUUCGGACACUCAGUUUGUGUCAGUGGGGAUAAAACACGUGCGGUUCUGGACGCUGGCCGGCAGGGCCCUGCUCAGUAAGAAAGGAGUGCUCAGCUCCAUUGAGGAUGCCCGUAUGCAGACCAUGCUUUCAGUGGCCUUUGGAGCUAAUAACUUGACAUUUACAGGUACCAUUAGUGGAGAUGUGUGUGUGUGGAAGGAACACAUUCUAGUGAGAAUCGUGGCUAAGGCUCACACUGGACCUGUGUUCACCAUGUACACUACAUUACGAGACGGGCUCAUUGUGACGGGGGGCAAAGAACGACCGUCUAAGGAGGGUGGUGCGCUCAAACUGUGGGAUCAGGAGUUGAAGCGAUGCAGAGCCUUCAGACUGGAGACGGGCCAGAUCAUAGACUGUGUGCGCUCUGUCUGCAGGGGCAAGGGGAAGAUUCUCGUGGGCACUCGGAAUGCUGAGAUCAUUGAGGUUGGUGAGAAGAACGCAGCAUGUAACAUUCUGGUGAACGGCCACAUGGAUGGUCCUAUCUGGGGACUGGGAGCUCACCCCACCCGAGACGUCUUCCUGUCUGCUGCUGAGGACGGCACUGUGCGCCUCUGGGAUAUUUCAGAGAGGAAGAUGCUGAAUAAAGUGAACCUCGGUCAUCCUGCACGCGCAGUCAGCUACAGCCCAGAGGGCGACAUGGUGGCCAUCGGCCUGAAGAAUGGAGAGUUCAUCAUCCUCCUUGUUACCUCACUAAAGAUCUGGGGGAAGAAGAGAGAUCGGCGCUCUGCCAUACAAGAUAUCAGGUUCAGUCCAGACUCACGCUACCUGGCUGUGGGUUCCAGUGAGAAUGCAGUAGAUUUUUAUGACCUGACGUUAGGACCGCAGCUCAACCGCAUCAACUGCUGUAGGGACAUCCCUAGCUUUGUCAUGCAGAUGGACUUUUCUGCUGACAGCUGCUAUGUGCAGUUGUCUACUGGUGCUUAUAAACGUGUAGUCUAUGAGGUGCCUUCUGGGAAGCAAGUCACUGAGCAAGCAGUGAUAGACAGAAUAACCUGGGCCACAUGGACAAGUGUCCUCGGGGAUGAGGUGGUGGGGAUCUGGUCCAGGAACACAGAUAAGGCAGAUGUAACCUGCGCUUGUGUGUCUCACUCCGGCCUCAACAUUGUCACAGGCGAUGACUUUGGAAUGGUAAAGCUGUUCGACUUUCCGUGUCCAGAGAAAUUUGCCAAACACAAACGAUUUCUGGGCCACUCUGCCCACCUGACCAACAUCCGCUUCACCAACGGGGAUCGCUUUGUCGUCAGCGCCGGAGGCGAUGAUAGAAGCUUGUUUGUAUGGCGUUGUGUUCACGCUUCUCACUGAGGGCAUGCAGUCUCCUCUCCUCUGCCUCAAAACAUCACAAGCCCAGCUGACAGCACGAGUGAACCGACUCGUGGAAUGAGGAACAUCAGGCGGUGGAUUUCAGUCUUCACCACCCGUCUGCUCCGUGACCGGAUGCAUGCGUCUUAAUGAGCCGUCACCCAUACCUGAACUCAAGCGUUUCUGAAUGCUAGUUGGGUCAAGGUGUCACAUGACCCAGCGUACAGUAAAAGAUCUAUCAGAUGUGUAUGUGUUUAUCCCCUUUUGUUUUGUUUUU